UUGUCGAGUUAUGAAGUUAAUAUAGGCGUGUGUAAAAUUACAUCGGUCGGGCGUGUUAGUGUUGUUUCGAUAACAAACGCCGGCCGACGCGUGCUUACCGCCGCGAACGUUGUGAAGUGAUUGUGUUUUCUUCGCCGUCUCUCAGCCGUCUACUCAUCGAAGCUACCCAAGCCGCUAAGGAUACGUCAACGUCUGCGCGGUCGUCUGCUUGCUACUACUAUUCGGGGGGCUCUCACCCCGGUCGUCGGCGGCGCCCUACAGGAGUCGCGCCAUGGAUCGUCAGAAACGGUCGCCGGACGAAGAAAACAGUCUAUGGGGCAACCCUUGUAAUUAUAACCAGACAAAUUCCAAUGCGGAGUACACGCCAAAAAACGCGCAGUACGUUCUACGCCAAGCCAAAUUCACAUACACAGAGGCGCUGAAGUACAAAGAUGAGUUCACCAAUAAACUAUUCACAGUUUCAAGCUUUGAUGAACUGUCUAGUACAUUUAGUGAAAUCCACUGGCUCCGUAAUGAGAAGUGGUUCCGUGAGGAGGUCCUGCCAAAAGAGAAGGUGCUUUACCAAGCAAUGUCAGAGGAUGCUAUGAGUCAAUUGAUGGAAAAAAUAGACGAGGUGCUACCGUCUAUGUAUAAAGGGCUGAAGCUGGUGCUUGCCGGACUACAUGUGUUCACAGGAAGUUUAAGGAACACCAAUAUCAGCACUGACGCCAACCUCACGGAGAAACUUGACAAAACCAUGAUAGACGUGCGAAGUGUCCUCUGUUACUUUUAUGAUUUAAUGGUAUCUCGCAAUUUGCAAAUCGAGCCUCUACGUGACUCGGAAAUACCAGAGAUGACCAAGGGAAACCAGCUGUCAAUGGGCUUUCUCAUUUACCGCGAUACGCUUAACUAUCUGGAGUACAUAUCACAGGUCUUUCAAACAAUGGCCGAGACUGAGCUGACCAAAGCUGUUUGAAUAAUCUCCUCGGUUGUGUCAAUUAUGAUCAUAAAGGCCGCUAUCAAUUUUGAGGAACUAAGUAUCUUAACAAACAAAGAGUACCUACAUAAAUCCUAGAAUGAACACUUCAUUUUCUUCAAUAUGUGAAUGCUCUUCUCAGAGUGACUGUUUGAAUUGAAUGUAACCAUGUCGGUGCUCGUAUUAGUACUAAAUUUUGUUUCACGUUCCUCGUUGAAAGCUCCAAAUAACUUCUUAGUCAAAUUGUCUUCACCUUUGGCUGUUAAUGUAGUAGAAAAAACGACAUUUGCCAUUACAUUGCCAUUUUGGUCUAGAACGGAUUAGUUCCUUUUUAGUUUAGUAAUGAAUUUGAAAUGUAUUAAUUUAUUGUCGCUGAUUAUUCACAUUCUAAAUUUUCCGUUGUAACUAGUCAAGGUGUUAACUUAUUUAUUCCUCGCUUUUCUCCACUUAAUUUUCUUUAAUUAUUAAUAUUUUUAGUGUAGAUCUUAGUAUUAAACACCAUUCCACCUGAUUGUGACUUUGUAUGUUAGAAAAUUUGUGUGUAUGUGGACGCGUGCGGUGCUGAAUCAUGUUGACUUUACACCGGUAAGUUAAAUGCGCAGAAACGAUCAGUUCUCGAGAAUUAUUUUACUUGUAUUUUGUACAUUUUAAUUCCUUGUCAAUAGUGUUGAUGGACACUUCUUAACUAUUUAUAUGUAUGUAUAUCCAUCGAAUAAUAGCUUUAGUAGAGCUGUUAAUGAUUGUAAAAUACAGAGCCAGUGUAUGUGUAAUUUAAUCAUUAUUUGUAUAUUUCAAAUAAUAGUAUUCAUAAAGUAACAAACAUAUGGUCAUACAUAUGUUUAUGAAAAUUAAACCUUCAAAUGUUUC